AUGUCGAAAUCUUCUUUUCCCAUCGAGUGUUUUAAUGGAAUAUUUAAACAUAUCGAGAAUGAUAAAUCAACCUUACAUUCAUGUUUAUUGGUGGAUAGGUUGUGGUGUAGAAUGAUUAUACCUAUACUUUGGAGUCGUACAUUUUCCUUGAUUCAAAAUUCAAAAAACUCGUCACUUUUUCUAACGGGAACCUAUCUCUCAUUCCUCAAUGACGAAGAAAGGCAACUUUAUAAUCAUUAUCCUGAAUUAUACCCAACGACAAAAUUUGAACAUUUAUUUAAUUAUCCGAGUUUUUUAAAAGAGUUUUAUUAUGACUUGAUGUAUUCAAUUGUGAAAUUUUGGGUUAAAACGAAUACUAAUUUAGAUAUUUCAACGAAAUAUAAUUGUCAGAUUAUAUUAACGAUCUCAUGUAAUAUUUCACAAAGUUUAUUCAAAAUGUUUUUGAGAAAUAAUGUUCAAAUUAAUUUGAUGAACAUUAAAUCUUUUGAAUUUUAUCCUGAUUUACCCUUUUUGUCCAAUCUUCACAAUUCCUUUUCAAACCUUAAAAGUUUUCAAUUCAACGCCGAUUUACAACCCCUUAACACCUUUUCAAACACGUAUUCCUUUUUAAAAUCCUUACCUCGAUCAUGUAAUGAUAUAUCUCAUUUAUUACUUAAUGUUCAUUUCAAGAAGAAGGAUGAUAAGGAGGAAUUAUUCAUUAAUAUAAUUAACGCUCAAAAUAAUAUAAAAAAAUUUAUAAUUAAUCCUCAUGGAAUCAUACCGAGGUCGAUUUUAAAUUCGAUAAUUCAUCAAACAUCAUUGGUACUAGUGCAUUUUAAGGAAACCAAAUUUAUUAAUUCGUUCCCUUUUGAACUUUUGUUAAAUUGUGAUAAUUUAAAAUUCCUUUUAACCGAGAAUUGUCAUGAGUAUUAUAACAGGGAGAAUUCACAGAUCGACACAGAAGUCAAACCAUGUUCCAUCUCCUUAAAAGAUAUCAAAUGUAAAGUGGACACUCUUUACAUAAACAACAACAAUUUUCUCCCUUUAACGAUAUCAAGAUUGAUCCAAUUGUCGGGAACAAACUUGACCACAUUAUGGUUGGACAGGACGAAAUUCUCAUCAUACAUCAUCACAUCCGAACCCCUUUCAAUCCAUUGUCCGAAUAUUUCUCAUUUAAUAUUAACCCUUGAUACCAUCAGUUUAUAUCAAACCAAGAAUUCCCUUUCAAUUUUAAUUUCUAAUUUAAACCUGGAAUAUUUUGGAAUAAGAAAUUUUGGAUGGACAAAUGAAUUGAUUGCCGAUUUGGGAAAUUAUCUGCCUAGUUCAUUAAAAUAUCUAGAAAUAUCAAGUUUCUUUGAUUUUGAAGCCUUAUAUAUGUUAUUGAAAAGGUGUAAAUGUCAAUUAAGAGGAUUGAGUUAUUGGGAAUAG